UGUUUUGCUAUUUUUCUUCACCCCCGACAGCUUCCGAAAAGACCCAACCACCGACUCCCCUUCCCUAGAGAAAAAUCGGUAAGAAGCUUGAGAUUUUCCCUUCUUUUCUUGUUGAAGGACAAGUUUUAGGACUUAGAACUCUCUCUCUCAACCCAGAAAUUUUCAGAUCUGCUGCUGACUUCUCCCUCCUUUGCCGCCGGUUGCUACUGUGGGUAGUGGGUUCGGUUUUUCCGAAUUGCCGCCGGCUUCUACCCCCACUAGGUCCGGUUCUGCAACUGGAAAAUUCUGGUGCUAUCAUGGCUUAGAGCACUGGGAUUGAGUCCUCGGUUUAUGUGACUGAGGUAAGUAAAUUAUGGUAAUGCCUUUCGAUUUUAAAGUACAUUUUAGUUUGUUUUUGAAGUGGUGGCGGGACUAAACUCGUUUUACACAAGCAUGAUCGAUUUGAAAUGAAAUUAUUUUUUUUUUAUUGAAUUGAGCAUGCCUACUUGAAAUUUAAUUCAUUGUCCCGAUGAUCUGAAAGUGAUUGGUGAAGUGUGAUUUUCUGUUAAAUUCUGCCUGUUUUGUCUCCAAUAUGGUCAUGUUAUUCGUGUGCCCGCAAGUGGGAGGUUUAUAAAUGCUAGCACAUGUCGACAUGUAUUUCUAUAGAGUCGGUUCCUCCUUGUUAAACACUGGUAUUUCUGUGAUCCUGCUAGUGAGAUUAUAUACUAGUAAAUCGUGUGCCUGUCAAUGGGAGGUUUAUAACACUGGCCAUGACCUAUAGAGGAGACGUUUAUUUCGUUUCCGUACUCGUACCUGUUUUUCUUGAUUAUACUAGUCAGCAUGCUAUAAGUUUAAUUAAGGGCUAUCCAUAUUUACUUACUGAGUUAUCUCAUAGUUUUUUCUUGUCCAUCAUUUCAGGAAACGAAGUUAAGGACGGGGAAAAACAAGGGGAGUGACGAGUUAGAAGGCUAGUCAUCUUGUAAAUUGAGCAUAGAUUUAGAUAUAAAUCAUAAUCUUAUAAAUUAGACUUUAUUUGGAGAUUUUAUGAUAUCAAAGCAAAUUUUAUAACUUUAUCUUCAGAUUGUGGUAUGAUAAGUUUCGAGUC